UUUCAUAUUUUCCAGGUGGCAACAGCGGCAUCGGUCGUGCCACAGCAACUGAACUGUCCAAGAGGGGAGCCCGGGUGAUAUUGGCCUGCCGAGAUAUGAAGAAAGGAGAUGCCGUCGCCAGGGCAAUCAGGAAGAAAACAAUGAACCCGAAUGUGUUCUGCAUGAGACUAGAUUUGUCCAGUUUACACUCAGUCAAAGAGUUUGCUGAUGAGUUUUGCUACAAUGAACCACAGCUCCACGUCUUAAUUAACAAUGCAGCUUACAUGGGCCCUAAAUCAACGACCAGCGACCAUAUCGAGAAAAGUUUCGGCGUAAACUACUUGGGCCAUUUCUACUUGACCAAGUUGCUCGUGGAGAAACUCCACAAAAACGCACCCAGCCGUAUCAUCAACGUUAUUUCGGAUUCUUACCAGAGUGGCAAACUCGAUUUCAACGACUUGGCCAUGCAUGAAAGCUACGGCAUCUACAGAGCAUACGCACGAAGUAAGAUGGCUUUGGCAAUCCUCACUUUGGAACUUCACAGACGCUACUAUUCUGAAGUGAUCUGGACAUUUGCUGUCCACCCAGGUGCCGUCAACACCGAUCUUCUCCGUAACUGGCCGGGAAUGACCGGAAACUUCCUGCGAGUUAUGUCCCGCAUUCUGUUCAAGACCCCGGAACAAGGCUGCCAGACGAUCGUCUACUGCGCCGUUGCCGACAAGGUCCGCGACCACGCCGGCAAGCUGUUCAUCAACCACCAGGCCGUGAACUACGUGAAGAGGGUUCGCGACUGGGAUAUGGCCAGGCGCUUGUGGAACGUGAGCCUGCAUCUGAUUGGCUGCGACGACGAGAUCGAACCGGAACAGGUCGAGGAAGCGAUUCACGGCGCAGACACGGCGAAGCAAGAAUGAAGGAAAGGAAGGAAGGAACGGGUGAAUUAAGUAAAUAUUAAAUAAACAACAACAACAACAACAACAACAACAACAACACAACAAAAUAACAAUAACAGCAAAAAAA